GGAAGGGAAAGCAAAGCAAUGCCAGGCCCCGUUCUCUCUCUCUCCAAGUAAAAAACUUUACAACAAACAAAGGAGAAACAAUUAAAUAAAGCCUGUUUUCUUCUCACCUUCCUUGACCUGGGGCUUGGGCUCUCUCUCUCUCCUUCUCUCUCUCUAUGAUUGAGUAAACCAGACAAAGCUUUCCUUACUGUCCAUUCCUUCAUCUUCAUCACCAUCUACCUUUGAGAGCUUCUCUCUCUCUCUCUCUCUCUCUCUCUCUCUCUCUCUCUCUCUUACCAUUUCUUUCCUUUGGUUAGACACCUCCUUGGAGGAUGUCCCUGCAACUUUAUUAUUAUUUUCCUCUUGGUUGUUGGUUUCACUUCCACAGUGAAUCAGCCAUUUUCAGUUUUCCCGGAAAAUGAGGGAAAAGAGAUAGACACCCACUGAAAACAUCAUCAUUUUUGUUUGCCCAUUAAGGCCUUUAUGUUAUUUUUUCUCUCUAGCUAGUCUCUCUCUCUCUCUCUCUCUCUCUCUGCAGCAUUGAACAAGAACAAUGAGGAAACAUGGUUGGCAGCUACCUUAUCACCCUCUCCAGGUGGUGGCUGUGGCAGUAUUUCUAGCGUUGGGUUUUGCUUUCUAUGUGUUCUUUGCUCCUUUUGUUGGGAAGAAGAUGUUUCAGUACAUUGCCAUGGGAUUGUACACUCCUCUUAUUACAUGUGUCUUCAGCCUAUAUAUUUGGUGUGCGGCAGCAGAUCCUGCGGAUCCAGGAGUUUUCAAGUCGAAAAAGUAUCUUAAGAUUGUGGACAGCGGAAAGCAUUCUGGACAAAAGGGAUCUAAACUCGGUGGUGAAUCAACUUCAUCACUACAUGAUACCACUAGUUUAAAAUGUGGAGAAAAACCUUUGGAUGAAGAUUCAUUCGGCAAAGAUCCAAAUUCCAAAGUCGCAGCUACUGAUACCGAGAAGAAAAAUACGUCACAAGACCGUUCAUCUUGGUUUCUGUUGGCUUGUUGCUCUCCGUGUGCUUAUAUCUGCAGUUGCUCGGGUUCGGGUUCGGAAUCCUCUACUCAACAAAUGAGUGAAGAAGGCAUGUUCUAUUGCAGUUUGUGUGAAGUCGAGGUCUUCAAGUAUAGUAAACAUUGUAGAGUUUGUGAUAAAUGUGUUGACCGCUUUGAUCAUCAUUGCAGGUGGCUUAACAACUGUAUAGGGAAAAGGAACUACAGACAAUUUUUCACCCUCAUGGUUACUGCUCUCCUAUUGCUUAUUCUACAAUGGACUACUGGACUCCUUGUGAUCAUCUCCUGUUUUCUUGAGAGGAAACGAUUCUCUACGGAAAUCUCCACUAAGUUGGGAAGCAGUUUCUCUAUGGUGCCAUUUGUUCUUGUCGUGGCACUGUGCACUCUUCUGGCAAUGAUCGCAACCCUACCGCUUGCGCAGCUUUUCUUUUUCCAUAUCCUUUUGAUUAAGAAGGGAAUCAGCACCUAUGACUACAUCAUAGCUUUGAGGGAACAGGAGCAAGACCAACAAGGAGUUGGAGGUCAGCAGAGUCCGCAAAUGUCCCCUGCCAGCUCACUUACCGGAUUAAGCAGUGCAAGCUCCUUUACUACCUUCCACCGCGGUGCUUGGUGCACCCCACCGCGCUUGUUCCUCGAAGAUCAGUUUGAUGUUGUACCACCAGAGACUGGUUCUGUUAGUUCAUUAGGAAAAAAGGUGGCGGGAGAGGAAACAAUUAAAAAGAAGAAUCCUGCAGCAGUGAAGAUUAGUCCAUGGACUCUUGCAAGACUAAAUGCGGAAGAGAUUUCAAAGGCUGCAGCAGAGGCAAGGAAAAAGUCCAAAAUCUUGCAGCCUGUGGUGCGACGGGACCGACCUUUUGGACUAGAAACUGACAGUAGCUUUGGCAGCAGUGGUCGCCGAAUGUUUCCAAGGCCUGACAAUAAUAGAAAGCGAGGUAAUAAGCGGGUGCGGCUCCCAGCUGAAUUACCCAUGGAGCCACUUAGCACGGUCUCAGCUAAGGCUGUUACCAAAGGCUUCACUGAGACAUCGUCAUCUAGUUUGGCUCCUCUUCAGCUCGAAGCACGGAGUGCUUUCCAAACAAGCCGUGCCAUGUCAAGCUCAACUGGGAUUGUUGCUUCCUCUCCGGAGAGCAGUUUGGACUCACCUGACAUCCACCCAUUUCGAGUGUCCUCAUCAGGAGCUGAAGAGGCGAGGCGGCUCGCAGGUAUGUCUGCUGCUGGUCUAGCUGCUCAUAAUGGAUUCCCGUUGUCAAGAUCAACUAGUGAUGGUUACGAAGCGUCUGGAGGAGAAGAUAGCGACCGAGUUCCUUCAAGAAUUGCACAACGGUCGACAAACUGGACCAAUGUUCUCUUCAGCUCCGAACCCGAUGAAAGAAUCUUCAAACUGAAAGCAUCUUCCUCUGGACAUGCGGACCACAGAAAGCUAUGAUGAUCAGCUUUGAUUCUAAUGCAAAAUUUAGGUCAUUUUGAUUUUAUCAGGAGGAAUUGUUCACACCAAUAUUCUUUCAUUUGUGGUGGGCGGGUUUUUGAGGUCUCGGGGUUUCAUGGGUGAAAGUAAGACAUGAAAAGGGGCUGUAUGGAGUUCUUAGAAUUGGCUUUUAAUUGAGAUGCACAUACAUUUUGUACUUUGCUUGAGCUCGAGCUCCAUUCCAGCCUCUGAUGGGGUUUCACAGAAUGACCAGACCCCACUCAAUGUUGAGUUUGCUGCAAGUAAUGCUAAAAAAUCUUCAUUUCUGUU